GGUUAGUCGAACUCUUCAUACCGAGUUGGUGAAACACAGUGUAAAGGAUACUUUUGGUUUUGUUGAAAGGAUAAAAGAUUUAAAUGUUAACAAUAAGUUCAUGAUAUCAUUUGACGUAUCUUCCUUAUUCACCAAUGUACCACUCAUGGAAACAGUGGACUUUGUAUGCUAUGAACUCAUAAGACGAAACAUUGAUGUUGGCAUUCCUAUAUCUUUUACGAAAGAGCUUCUCUUCAAAAGCACAAUGAAUGUCCACUUUUUAUUUAAUAAGUAACUAUAUGGGGAAAUCGGCGGUGUGGCAGUGACGUCACCAAUAGAACCCAUUCUAGUCGACAUUUUCCUCGCGGAACUAGAAUAUGGGCCUUGGAAGGAUGUUAUUAAUGAACUCGAAUUCUAUUGUCGGUACACGGAUGAUAUAUUUUUGAGUAUGAAAAAUGAGAAGGAAGCAAAGAACAUCCUGGAUAAAUUUAAUGAGGUUCAUCAUGCAAUAAAUUUUACUAUUGAGGAAGAGAAAGACUCUAGUAUUUCAUUUCUAGAUGACAUUAUGACCAGUAAAGAGGUUGGCGCCAUAAGAAGAAGUGUAUAUAGAAAACCUACAUCAACGGGUCAGUAUACUCAUUUUCUCAGCUUCGUGCCCUUGAAAUACAAACGCAAUCUGAUAAAGUGUUUGUUCCACCGAGCAAAAGAAAUCUGCUCGGAUGAUUGUUUUGAUGAGGAACUUACUAAUAUCAAAUGGUUGCUGAGUGAAAACAGUUUUCCAGAAAACUUUAUUGAUGAGAAUCUGAACCUAAAUUCAAGGCAGCUCAGGGUACCAAGAGUUCCUAAAAAAGCCUUAUUCUUACAAAUGCAGUUCCUUGGGGACAACAUCAGCGAGAUACUAACACAAAGCCUUAGAAAUGAGGCGGUGAAAAGAGCAUUCCCUGCUGCUGAAUUACUCUAUGUCUUCAAAAUCACGCCUCUUUUGCGUUCAGGAGUAAAAGAUGAACUGCCUAUUUCUCCUCUUUCAUGUGUAUCUACCAGUUAAACUGCUCCUGUGGAGCCAGUUACAUAGAUCGUACAAUUAGACGUGUUUCUCGUCGGAUUUCCGAACAUCAUCCUGCGUGCUUUAAGUAAAGGACAAACAAGAUCUAUUCGUAGCGCUAUUCUCUCUCAUCUUGUGGAUACAGAACAC